AUGGGUAAGCGGAAGCAUGGCGCGGCCUUUGACGCGCGGGCCGUGAAGCAGCUCAAGGGCAAAAAGAUGGACAAGCGCUCCAAGACGCAGGCUGCGGUACAGCUGUACACGCCUGCGGAUCGCAUCCUCGUGCUCGGCGACGGCGACUUUUCGUUCUCCAAGGGCCUCGUGGCCCAUCGUGGCGGGUCUGGCACCAACCUCGUCGCAACGUCGUACGACUCGACGAGUGAAGUGCGCAAGAAGUACCCGAACGCGGCCGCUUGCAUCCAGUCGAUCACGCAGGCCAAGGCGCAUGUGAUGCACGGCGUCGAUGCGACGAAGCUCUCAAAGCUGCCGCACUCGGAUGCUGUGCCGGCGCUCUUUGAUUACAUCAUCUUUAACUUUCCGCACAGCGGCGAGCAGCGCGUUCACAUCAACCGCGCUCUGCUGCUCGACUUUUUCGAGAGCGCGCGGCCCAAGCUCGCGCUUCGUGGCGAGGCGCACGUGACGCUUAAAACCAAGCCUCCGUACUCCAACUGGCUCGUCGAGGACCAAGCGCGGGCCAACGGCUUCGUCGUCAAGGAGCGCCGGCCGUUCCGCAUGCAGCUCUUCCCGGGCUACAACCACCGCACGACCGAGCCGGACGCUAAAAAAUUCGAACCCGACCAGUGCGUCACCUACGUCUUCAUCGUCGACCGCUCGCGUUUUCCCGUCGUGACCGAUCUGCCUCCCAAGACCACGUCCAUCAACGACGCUUCCAAGCAGGUAGCAACCGCCAACAAGACACCUGUGCCCAAGGCCAAGGUGGAGGAGCCCAAGGCAGUCGAGAAGCCCAAGGCGGUGGCCAAACUCGCGGGCACACCACGCCCAAUCAAGGUGCCUCGCGUUGCUUCCUCUGCGCGCGAGUUGCCAUCGUCCGUGCAGGCCGACAUCCGGGCGUUGAUCCUUGCCAAGCUUGCGGAGAAGACAGAGUCGACUUAA